CCACUGGAUUACCUGAGGCAUACAGAUAUUCUUUGGCUCUGGGCUGACAUUUGAAUACAGCUGGGGCCUCAGGAUUCUCUGAAAUAAAGGGCUGCCUCCCUCUGGAGGAGCCAGGCAGCUCCUCAGAGCAGCUGCCCAUUGCAUGCUGGACAAGGCCAUGUCACCACCUCCAUGGCUCCCCAGUUUCCCAGCUUGCUGUAUCUCUCCACCUUAAGAGACUGGGAGCACCUUGAUCUGAAGCUCUUUGCAGUGCUGGUGGCAGUGUAGGGGGAAGUAGUUGAUGGGAGUGAGGGAAAGGAAUUGGCAAGGAACCCUGGGCCUCUGUGGCUCACUGCAUCAAGCAGUUCUUGGCAAAGUCAUCUUCUUGUGAGCCCUGGGCUUAGGAGUCACCAUGGCAACUGAAGAGUUCAUCAUCCGCAUCCCCCCAUACCACUAUAUCCAUGUGCUGGACCAGAACAGCAACGUGUCCCGUGUGGAGGUCGGGCCAAAGACCUACAUCCGGCAGGACAAUGAGAGGGUACUGUUUGCCCCCAUGCGCAUGGUGACCGUCCCCCCACGUCACUACUGCACAGUGGCCAACCCUGUGUCUCAGGAUGCCCAGGGCUUGGUGCUGUUUGAUGUCACAGGGCAAGUUCGGCUUCGCCACGCUGACCUCGAGAUCCGGCUGGCCCAGGACCCCUUCCCCCUGUACCCAGGGGAGGUGCUGGAAAAGGACAUCACACCCCUGCAGGUGGUUCUGCCCAACACUGCCCUCCAUCUAAAGGCGCUGCUUGAUUUUGAGGAUAAAGAUGGAGACAAGGUGGUGGCAGGAGAUGAGUGGCUUUUCGAGGGACCUGGCACGUACAUCCCCCGGAAGGAAGUGGAGGUCGUGGAGAUCAUUCAGGCCACCAUCAUCAGGCAGAACCAGGCUCUGCGGCUCAGGGCCCGCAAGGAGUGCUGGGACCGGGACGGCAAGGAGAGGGUGACAGGGGAAGAAUGGCUGGUCACCACAGUAGGGGCGUACCUCCCAGCGGUGUUUGAGGAGGUUCUGGAUUUGGUGGACGCCGUCAUCCUUACGGAAAAGACAGCCCUGCACCUCCGGGCUCGGCGGAACUUCCGGGACUUCAGGGGAGUGUCCCGCCGCACUGGGGAGGAGUGGCUGGUGACAGUGCAGGACACAGAGGCCCACGUGCCAGAUGUCCACGAGGAGGUGCUGGGGGUUGUGCCCAUCACCACCCUGGGCCCCCACAACUACUGCGUGAUUCUCGACCCUGUCGGACCGGAUGGCAAGAAUCAGCUGGGGCAGAAGCGCGUGGUCAAGGGAGAGAAGUCUUUUUUCCUCCAGCCAGGAGAGCAGCUGGAACAAGGCAUCCAGGAUGUGUAUGUGCUGUCGGAGCAGCAGGGGCUGCUGCUGAGGGCCCUGCAGCCCCUGGAGGAGGGGGAGGAUGAGGAGAAGGUCUCACACCAGGCUGGGGACCACUGGCUCAUCCGCGGACCCCUGGAGUAUGUGCCAUCUGCCAAAGUGGAGGUGGUGGAGGAGCGUCAGGCCAUCCCUCUGGACGAGAACGAGGGCAUCUAUGUGCAGGAUGUCAAGACCGGAAAGGUGCGCGCUGUGAUUGGAAGCACCUACAUGCUGACCCAGGACGAAGUCCUGUGGGAGAAGGAGCUGCCUCCCGGGGUGGAGGAGCUGCUGAACAAGGGGCAGGACCCUCUGGCAGACAGGGGUGAGAAGGACACAGCUAAGAGCCUCCAGCCCUUGGCGCCCCGGAACAAGACCCGUGUGGUCAGCUACCGCGUGCCCCACAACGCUGCGGUGCAGGUGUACGACUACCGAGAGAAGCGAGCCCGCGUGGUCUUCGGGCCUGAGCUGGUGUCGCUGGGUCCUGAGGAGCAGUUCACAGUGUUGUCCCUCUCAGCUGGGCGGCCCAAGCGUCCCCAUGCCCGCCGUGCGCUCUGCCUGCUGCUGGGGCCUGACUUCUUCACAGACGUCAUCACCAUCGAAACGGCGGAUCAUGCCAGGCUGCAACUGCAGCUGGCCUACAACUGGCACUUUGAGGUGAAUGACCGGAAGGACCCCCAAGAGACGGCCAAGCUCUUUUCAGUGCCAGACUUUGUAGGUGAUGCCUGCAAAGCCAUUGCAUCCCGGGUGCGGGGGGCCGUGGCCUCUGUCACUUUCGAUGACUUCCAUAAGAACUCAGCCCGCAUCAUUCGCACUGCUGUCUUUGGCUUUGAGACCUCGGAAGCGAAGGGCCCCGAUGGCAUGGCCCUGCCCAGGCCCCGGGACCAGGCUGUCUUCCCCCAAAACGGGCUGGUGGUCAGCAGUGUGGACGUGCAGUCAGUGGAGCCUGUGGAUCAGAGGACCCGGGACGCCCUGCAACGCAGCGUCCAGCUGGCCAUCGAGAUCACCACCAACUCCCAGGAAGCGGCGGCCAAGCAUGAGGCUCAGAGACUGGAGCAGGAAGCCCGCGGCCGGCUUGAGCGGCAGAAGAUCCUGGACCAGUCAGAAGCCGAGAAAGCUCGCAAGGAACUCUUGGAGCUGGAGGCUCUGAGCAUGGCCGUGGAGAGCACCGGGACUGCCAAGGCGGAGGCCGAGUCCCGUGCAGAGGCAGCCCGGAUUGAGGGAGAAGGGUCCGUGCUGCAGGCCAAGCUAAAGGCACAGGCCUUGGCCAUCGAAACGGAGGCUGAGCUCCAGAGGGUCCAGAAGGUCCGAGAGCUGGAACUGGUCUAUGCCCGGGCCCAGCUGGAGCUGGAGGUGAGCAAGGCUCAGCAGCUGGCUGAGGUGGAGGUGAAGAAGUUCAAGCAGAUGACAGAGGCCAUAGGCCCCAGCACCAUCAGGGACCUUGCUGUGGCUGGGCCUGAGAUGCAGGUAAAACUGCUCCAGUCCCUGGGCCUGAAAUCAACCCUCAUCACCGAUGGCUCCACUCCCAUCAACCUCUUCAACACAGCCUUUGGGCUGCUGGGGAUGGGGCCCGAGGGUCAGCCCCUGGGCAGAAGGGUGGCCAGUGGGCCCAGCCCCGGGGAGGGGAUAUCCCCCCAGUCUGCUCAGGCCCCUCAAGCUCCUGGAGACAACCACGUGGUGCCUGUACUGCGCUAACUCCUGAUUAAUACAAUGGAAGUUUCUGGGCAUUUACAAUUUCAA